AUGAACAUAUCCAAGAGCAAGAAGAACACGUACGAGAAAUCCAAAGCGGGGGCCUGGGUGACGAAGCAGAAGAUGAUUUCAGCAGCAUGGGCUUGGGCGGCAAACACAAAGAACCUCCGCCGCAACGGCAUCCACGGCGAGGAGGAAGCCAGGUUGGUUUUGGACGACAAGUUCGAAGCAGCGGACAUGACGGCACAAGAGCUGGAGAUGCGGGGCAAGUUCCGGACGGAAAUCUUCCAGGUGAAAUAUCGCAAGCAAGAUGGCCAGCUUAGCCAUCUUCUUGGUCUUCGAGACUUCACAGACCAAGAUGCUUUGACAGGACAGAAGGCUGAUAUUGAUCAGGGGGACAACUUCGCAAAGAUCAGGAGUCGAAGGAGCAAUCAGAGCCAACCAGCGACCGGCGGUGGGGUGAUCUUCUUGGAGUUGGAUCUCGAACGACAGGUUGUUGAUGCAGCAUCCAUUCUGGCUUCCGGCUUGGUCGGCAUGAGUCUGCCCGAGCUUUUCCCGGGUGCUGGCUGGGAAGCGAUCGAGAAUUUCGGUGGCGAUGUCAUGCAAAAGUGGAAGGCGCAGGAUAUCAGCUCGCUGGCGAGGAAGGUUCACCGCUUCGAGCGACUCCUGAUGCAGUUCCCACCCUCGCAGAGUGAAAGCAUCGACGGCACCAUCGAGGUGCUUCUCUCCGAGCGAAGCUCUGUGAGUGCUCCUCGCUUACUCUUGCGCUGCGUUGGCAGCACUGUGCUGACAUCGGCGUCGGCAUCCUCCAGAUCGAUCCGAGAUCGACGAGGAGGCGCAGAUAGCUCGAAGCAGAGCGGAAUUUCGAGCGCAUCCCACUUGUCUGAGAAGUCAAACGCGUCGAAGUCUUCGGAAAGCCGGGACUGGUUCGGCCCCGUGGUGCCUGGGAAACUGGGCUCCUCUUUGCUGAGCUAG